AUGGGUUGUUGUGGCUGUGGUGGCUGUGGUGGCUGCGGUGGCUGUGGUGGCUGCGGUGGCUGUGGUGGCUGCGGUGGCUGUGGUGGCUGCGGUGGCUGUGGUGGCUGUGGUGGCUGUUGUACCACAUGUACCUGCCGCCGAGUGGGCUGCUGCUCUGCCUGCUGCCCCUGCUGCUGUGGCUGCUGUGGGGGCUGCUGCAGCCCCACAGUUGUCUGCUGCCGCCGCACCUGCUGCUGUGGAUCUUGUGGCUGUGGCUCCUGUGGCUGUGGCUGUGGCAAGGGCUGUGGCUGUGGCAAGGGCUGCUGCCAACAAAAAUGCUGCUGCCAACAGAAAUGUUGCUGCAAGAAGCAAUGUUGCUGCUAGAGGUGACAAUCAGAGCUGAGUCUCUAAGAAGGACCUCCUGGAACCAUGAUCUGUCCAAUAAGGUAAGACUUUUCUUCACUUCAGACCCUCUACUUCUCUUAUAACUUCCAUCUGUAUUCUAGAAUGUGGGCAUAUGGUUUGUGGGUACCUGAAACAAUGUGUCCUUCUUAGAGAAACUAUCAUGUCAUCAUUCUCUCCUCAUUAUGGAGUCCCAACAGCAGUACAAACCAAGACAAACUCCAAAACAAUUAAAAGAUGGACACAGUCCAGCUGCUAUAAAAAUAUUGUGAGAUCAACAGUGAAAAAGUGAUCAUGACUCUAAACUUUGCAUUCCUUUGACAUUUUUAUCUUCUUAUAUCUUUUAUAAUUGUAUGUUUCCUUUCAGUAUAUACAAUACAUUAUUGUUCCCUUCUGCUAGCUUGUCUUCUACCUCAAUCUCUCAUUAUUCUCAAUAAAAUGCACCAAAUAACCAUAAAAAAGGGUCUCCUUUUCCUUAUUUCAGUGUGUUGGCUUUCUCAACUAAAGGAGUGUUUUAUGCUCCACAGUGGA